AUGAAAAGAAUCACUACAAACUUUGGGGAACCUUUGAGCGUUCAGUCCAAAAAACUAGUGAGUGAGGUACGGCUAAAAAUAACACAACCAAUCCAUCCAAAUUUCGACACCGACUUCAAUAUCUACAGAUUUAUUCUUAAUGCCGAAAGAAUGCAUAAGAAACAAUCUGAAGUCGUCGAUGCAGCGGCGAAGGCUCUCAACAAUCAUUUGAAAAUAAGGAAAGCCAUGAAACUGGACAGUCUUCCUCAUCUACCUUUUGAGGAUAACCCCGUUUUCGCUAAAAAGCUGUUGCCAAUGGGGAAAGUUCAAAAUCUCACCGACAGCAGUAAUCGCUUACUGUGGUAUGCGGAGUACGCAACCAUCAACGUUGAAGCUUUAUCAAGGAGUAUCCCUAGUUCCCAGUCAAUUAGAUGCCAAUUUAUCCAAUUUGAACACAUAUUGCGAUUAGUCAAUGCACAGGAAGAAAAGACAGGCAGGCUAAGUGGAGUGCGGCACAUUGUCGACAUGACAGGUUACGAAAUUAACCCCUUCACUAUGUUGUUUGUCAGCAACGGAGCACUGACUUAUUACACACAGCUAUUUCAUUACGAAAACUAUCCAGAAAUGGUCUUCCCUAUUGAAAUGGUAAAUAUUGCAAAAUGGAUCCACGUCCCCUACAAAAUCGCUCGAGCAAUUAUGCCUGCCGGCUUUAGUGAAAGGUUCCGUCUACACGACUCAAACUUUUUAUCAACGUUGCAGAAGGAAAUCAAUAUAAGAAAUAUACCGGCAACUCUUGGAGGCAAAAAUGAGAGCAUAAUUUGUCUGCCGGCCGAAAAACCAGACUUUAGUAACGACCAAGUCGACCUUGAAUUUUUAAGUUCACUUGAAAGUUUUCAUAUAUCCCGAAAAAAGGCAAAGCAAUUCCAUAUAGAUGUCACAGAUGCAGGGAAAGUCAUUUCAUGGUAUUACACCACAGAAUGCGAAGCAUUUUUUGGAGUCUUCUAUGAGCCAUUUGAUGUCAUUCCACAAGGUAACAUGAUUAUCAAUGGAUCAAAGCAAGAAAAAGAGGUUAAUAUAGGAGAGUUGGAAAUGAUUUAUCCUUUUUUUAAAAUGGCUGCGAAAAAUAAACACGAAAGUGGCUCUGUUGAAUGUACUAAACCUGGAAGGUAUUGGUUUGUUUUUCGUGACGAAUCAUCUUGGCUUCAAAAAGAAAUCAGAAUCACCAUGCAGUUAUCAGAUGGAAGUCAAACCAGGCGGUAUCACAUUGACGGAACUUAUAGUCUUGCCAAACCGUUCAAAAUUUUUGAAAUGUAA